GUAGGAUCGGUUAAUUAGCCCCACCUUCCCUUUCCUCGUUCUGGUGAAUAGCAAUUGAAGAGGCAAUCAUUAACAGAGCUGUUAUGACUGUGACUUUAUGUAGUACAAGAUGACGAAGCGUCGGUCUUGUUUACAGUGGUAUAAAAAAUGAAUCCAGGACGAUUGAUGGCCGGCACACUGACUACUGGUCUGUAGCUCUCAUCACUACUAACCUGUCAGAACAGAGGUAAUGUGUUUGUCAGAUGUCAGUUUGUAUUUGAUUCAUCAGCACAUCCUGUGUAUUUUAUUAUCGAUCUAGCAUGCUUUGUCCUGCAAUUACGUCAUACAGUUGAUUUAUAAAGGCAAUUUUUAGACAAGGCAAACAAAUUGCUAGAUUUUCUUGGGUGCUCAAUGUAGACGUGGGGAUUACGUUGUUUAAUGACAUUAGUCAAGGUUUUCUAAAAGUAUACUAUAUGGUUUAACCCACUGUAUUAUAUUCAAUCAAUGUUUUCACAUACACAUUGGUUAGGUAGUCUAGUGGUUAGACCGUUGGGCCAGUAACUAAAAGGUUGCUGGAUCGAAUCCCCUGAUCUGACAAGGUAAAAAUCUGUUCUUCUGCCCUUGAGCAAGGCAGUUAACCCACUGUUCCCCGGGCGCUGUGGAUUUUGAUUAAGGCAGCCCCCCGCACCUCUCUGAGUGGUUGGGUUAAAUGCGGAAGACACAUUUCAGUUGAAGGAGUUUAGUUGUACAACUGGCUAGGUAUUCCCCUUCCCCUUACUGCAUGUGUCUAAUUUGUUCAUUUUAACACCUACCUCAGGUAUGACAUUCCCUGUUAUUAUCCCACAUUCGUCAUACUCUUACAAAUGUUGAUUGCGUUACAUUAUGGCAUGCAAUAAACCUGGGUCAUACUACAGCCUUUGAGGUAGUUCAAAUGGGGACAUAUAGCCUAUUGACAACAUCUAAUUAAUGUGUCCCGAUUCACUGCAUUUAAUCCCCAUUGUAAUUUCCCUGUUUGUAGACUGUGUCAUGGCAACAGUUGCCUCAGUCAUUGUUCUCUCACUUUUUGUCUUUCCUCAAGUAUGUAUUGUGUUGAGGCUCUUCACAUUCACAGGUGUGUUGUUAGCUGCCUGCUCUCACCACAUCCAUGCUUUUUUUACCUCUCAGAGGGAAGCAGGUGCUUUGUUUUCCAUCCUAGAGACAGCAGGACCGGAUCUGGGAAAGCGACAACGUAUCCAAGCCUCUUCUUUAAUAUGAGGUGUGAGUCCGGAGUCUGAGGGUGAAAAAGAGGAUCAUUUAAUAGAUCGCUGUUCAUUCAAUACGGCAGCUCUCUGAGAUGAGCUCUGUCUGAGAUGAUGGGGCUUCAGUUCAUCUGAUCAGAAGAUGUUGUUUGUCUGUAGGCAGACUAAGAGGACUGUCGGUGGAUUAUCUUGGCUGUCCGUUUAAGGUGAGACUCAGUGUGUUGUGAUAUGACAUACCUGGUUCACACGGCUCACCCUCAGUUCGUCAGCCUGUGGUUGAGCGCCGUGGGUUGGGUCCUUACCGCGGUGACCCUUGGACUCAUCCAGUGGAGGGUCUGGCACGUGUCCGACUUAACCUUCAUCACCUCAGGAGAGGCCUGGGUCGGGAUCUGGAGGGUGUGUUUCUAUAGCCAUACACUCGUGACCUCUGGGUUCAGGGUCAUGUAUUGUCAGAGUAUGGCGCUGUCUGACUCCUUCACGCCCCCGGAGGUCGCCACGGCCCAGGUGAUCACUCUAAUAGGGCUGGUCGUGGGGUUCUGUGGGAACGCCGCCGCCGUCUACGCCUUCAGGAGCGUCUAUUUCGGCCUGGAGAAGCAGACGCCUAUCCGCUGUGCAUUCGCGGUGGCUGGUACUCUCUGCUUGUUGUCAGCUGUGUGUUUUCUCAUACCUCUCCUGUGGAACCUGAACUCAGUGGUGACCAAUCAAACAAUAGCGUUCCCUUCGAACUUCCACAUGCCCCCUGCACCUGUGACCCAGAACCCGGGGGCAGGUAUCGGGGUCGGGAUCAUAGGGUCGUUUAUGAUAAUCGUCAGUGGAGUUAUCUUCAUCCUCUACAGGUUCCCUGUCAAGAUGGGACCCAGAGUGGAGCCUUCUUGUCCAGAGGCAAGACACUUUGAUGGGUCAAGUGUUGGGACAUUGUCCCCUGGGUCUGUGGGACACAGUAGGGAUAAUCCGAGUAACUCUCAGGCCAGGGACAAUCCUGCCUUCCACUUUGAUGAGCAUUUUUGUGUGAGUUGACCAUAUCCUAUGUUGUAUUUGAAGCGUUGAAGUGACGUGACAUAACAAAGGAAUAGACGUUUGAUGAAACUAUAUGGUUAGUAUGAGAACCCCUCAGAACCUCAGAACAAGUGACAUCAAUAGCCCUCACCUGGGUCAGUCUGUUGUGGAAAGAGCAGGUGUUCUUAAUGUUUUGUAUACUCAGUGUACACCAAUUGAUUCUUGAAGAAUAUCAUUUAUAAAUGCAUCAUGAGCUUAGUUUAACUGUCAUUCCCCAUCAGAACCCCAAAUGUAAGCUUGUUUUACUCCAUUGUUUGUAAACAAUGUAAUUUUAAACAAACACUGUAUAGCGUCAUCGUGGUUAAAACUAUAUUUUCGGUAUCAUGGAUGGAUGGUCACUUUGUUAUUGUUUGAACUGCAGAUUGCACCUUUAAAAUAUGUCAUUACAUUGAUCAUAAAUUGAUUCGUAACAUUAGAGUAGCAGUAAUUGGGAGCAUACACACACACACACACACACACACACACACACAUGCUCUCUUUUGAGGCUGUACUUGCAACACACUUGUCUUUAGUCAUUGCCUUGCAAUCACUCCAAAGGGAGUUUGAAAACAGAUUACAUUAAAUAUGUUUUACAUUUCAUACUUGUAUUGCUGAUGCCAUUGAAUGUGUUUCUUUGUAAAUUAUGCAAAAUUUGUACUGUUGCUGUUUAUUUGAUCAUAUUGAAAAUUUAUUCUUCAACUUUUAAGGGCUCUUGACAUCCAGGUACAAUGUUAUACACAUACACAAUUCAGUCAAAUAGUUGUGAUAAAUCAUGUGAUUA